UCUAAUUGGUCAACAAAAAACCCCCCAAAACCCUAGAUCAGUUUUACCCACCAGAGUCACGCAUCACACAAUCGAGUUUUAGGGUUUUAGCGGGUGCUCUCUCCGAAGGCAGAGAGAAGAGGGAGGAGGAAGUCUAAUUCCUCUGCGUUUUUCUUGCAAUUAGGGUUUCAUCAGAAGUGAAUUGAAAAUGGUGGCAGACAAGAGCAAGAAGGCUAAAACCGAAGAAGAAGACGUCGAGCAAAUCGAUAGAGAGCUUGUCCUCUCAAUUGAAAAGCUUCAAGAGAUCCAAGACGACCUCGAGAAGAUAAACGAAAAGGCUAGUGAUGAAGUGUUGGAAGUGGAGCAGAAAUAUAAUGUGAUAAGGAAACCUGUUUAUGACAAGCGUAACGAGAUUAUCAAAUCCAUCCCUGAUUUCUGGUUAACUGCUUUCUUGAGUCACCCUGCUCUUGGUGAACUUUUGACAGAAGAAGACCAAAAGAUUUUCAAAUUUCUUAGCUCUCUUGAUGUUGAGGAUGCCAAAGAUGUGAAAUCUGGAUACUCUAUCACUUUUUACUUCAAUCCCAAUCCAUUUUUUGAAGAUGGAAAACUAACAAAGACUUUUACCUUUCUCGAAGAAGGGACAACAAAAAUCACAGCCACGCCUAUCAAAUGGAAAGAGGGCAAAGGCUUGUCAAAUGGAGUGAAUCAUGAGAAGAAUGGAAACAAACGUGCAUUACCUGAAGAGAGCUUCUUUAAUUGGUUUCGUGAUGCUCAACACAAGGAGGAUGUUGAGGAUGAGAUGCAAGACGAGCAGGUUGCGGAUAUCAUCAAGGAAGAUUUGUGGCCCAACCCUCUCAACUACUUCAACAAUGAGGCUGAUGAAGAGGACUUUGAUGAUGGAGAUGAAGAGGGAAAAGAAGGUGAUUCUGAUGAAGAUGAUGACGAAGAAGACGGAGAUGGUGAGGAAUGAUGGGAGGGUUCCCCAGAAACCACAUUUGCUUACAUGUCAUCUCUAUAACAGAAUGUGUAAAGUUUUGUGUGUUUUGAAGGUUUUAAUUUUAAGCAAAAGUGGAUUAUGACAACAACAAAGAAGCUUUUUUAUUUAUUUUACCGUAAACCUUGUUGUAUGAAACCAUUUUCAGCUUGUGUUGCAAAAUCCUGCUUAAAUGGUUUUUGAGUCUUAGCUUCAUCUUUUGUCUUUUUUUUUUUUUCUUUCUAAAGAGGAUUAUAUUGUAAUUUCAUCACUGUUGUGUCUGUGUGACUUUACUGAAUAGAGAGAUCCGUGUGUUUAUGGUGAAAA